AUGGAUUCCCCCUCACGCCGCCACACCAUUCAUACCUCCAGCACCGGCCCCGAAAAGGUAAACAACACCAGCCUGGCUUUGUGGAAAUGUCACCAGAGAGACAGCGGCGGCGUGAGAGCAGACGGAAACUCAUCACCUGACCUCCCAGUCGACCAAUCAGUUUUGGACUUCAGACCCUCCCUGCACCUGAGGUCAUUAGUCCAGCCUGGACCAGUCCUAACGGAGACCCCAGUGCUGACAGAGAGGAUUGUGGGUAAUGAGCACACUGGAGUCAAUGACAAAGGUACCAACAACAAAGCGGAGGAGGGCUCUCAGUGUCAGGACUUCAGUCCCGUCUCAGUCAGGAGCCUGGUUUAG